CUUGAAUCAACAAAACCGCGAGAGUCAAACCCGCUCAACAAACGCAUCCAUUACCCACACACGCGAGCACUGGCCUGGCCCAGCUUCACCUGCAGACAACACCCUCCACCCUUCCCCCUCCCCUCUCUCUCUCUGCCUCAAGCCAUCUGUUCCUGCGAGUUGUCCUGCAGCCCUUUGUAUGCUGCAUCCAUCGCCUCCUUGCACACCUCUCGCGCAUACCCCACGCUGCUGCUCACCGACCGGUGCGUGUCAGGGGCAGCGCCGUUGCCCUCGCCGCCCGAUUGCGUCACGUCCUUGAGGUUGCUCAGGUUGCUCUCGACGAUGCGGUCAACCAGCCCAAAGGCAAACGAACCGCGAGAGACACGGUGCUGGUCGCUGCCAGAGUUGGCCGUGGAGAUGACUCUCUCCUGUAUCUCCUCCAUGGCGCCGUCCUCGGUGGCCGUGGCCUCCUUUGCCUCGGCUGAUGGGGACUCCGGCUCCUCAGCUUUCGCCUCUUCUCGGACAGGCUGUGGUGGCGCGGUCUCGGUGGGAGGGGCCUCGCCGGCCUCAGGCGGUUUCUUGGUUUUCUUUACGCGCUUUGGUCUUGUUACUUCCACCUUCUCGACGGGCCUCAGCAUCGAGCGUGCCAGCUCGACACGCAUCUCCUUCUUGGCGCCAAUGCCGAUACGUGCCUGUCAGCAAGUUGAAUACACACAAGCAAAGGGUCUGGUGAAUGCGAAUGUCCCUUUGACGAGAGAGUACCUCGACUUCGAACGAUGAGUGGUCAGCCCGAAGGCGCCUCAAUCUGCUGUGGAAGCUUCGGAUGCUGUCAGUCCGCAUGUAAGACCACUCAAGAGACUCUGGAUGGGGUCCAGCAGCUGCAGCCUCCUCUGCUCUGUUGGCCGGCUGAGAGGUGUUCCGCGGCUGCAUUGUGGGAAUGGGGAUGACCGGCUGUGGCUGGCUGUCCUUGCCCCUCCGCCGGUGCUGGAGUAUGGUGGGCAGAAUAUCCUGCUCGGCAGCGGCAUGUGUGGCGGGGAUGGGGGGGAGAGGAAGUGGGGGCAGCGAUGCGGACGGCAUUGAGCCAGCAAGGAUGACGUGGACGGCUGAGCAAGGAGGCCUACAGCUUCCCCAAACACUCCGAGACUGCUCUG